AUAGUGUCAAUGUCAAAUUGUUUGUCGCCUUGUUGAAUACGUCUCUCUGACUGUUUUGGUACAAUAUCUCACAAUAUUUUAUGUAAUUUGUACUACUGAACAUUAUUUUAUAAAAUUAAAAAUGAUUCUCACAGAUUGGCUUGUUAUAAAUCAGUGUAGUUGGUCGGUUUUGGCAUGUGUUUUUCUAACGUUUUGCUUUGUCGGGAGUUUGUAUGUAUGGAGAACUAAAUUGAGCAGAGACCAUCCAACUACAAUAAAAAGAAGAUUCUUCAGCGUAUCCGUUAUAAUGUUAAUAACUCCAUUUUUCAUUCAAUAUUUUUUCACUGAAGAAUCUUUAAAGAAGGGCGACUUGUACAUGCAGUUAGGAUUACGAUGGUCUGGUCUUAUACCAGCUAUAAUUGCGCCACUGUUCUUGACUGCCACAUUGUUUUUGGGACCAUUAACCAUGCAGUUUUUAUCAGGAGUAUGGAAAAUCUAUGCAGAACCAAUAUAUUGGCUAUCCAGCUGGCAAGACCUUGUGUGGGUGAGAAACUAUGUCAUGGCCCCAUUGAGUGAAGAGUGGGUGUUCAGAGCUUGCAUGAUACCUCUACUACUACAGUGUGUCGACCCUAUGACAGCUGUAUUUGUUGGACCCCUACUCUUUGGCAUAGCCCAUUUCCAUCACAUCUUUGAACAGAUGAAAGCUGGCUCUGAAUUGAAAACAGCUGUCAUGAUCUCAACAUUCCAGUUUAUGUAUACCAGUUUGUUUGGUGCUUAUUCGGCGUAUUUGUUUGUGAGAACAGGACACUUCAUGGCUCCUCUAGUCGCCCAUAUGUUUUGCAAUCACAUGGGAUUUCCGAACUUCACCGAAAUAGUCGAGUUCCCACCUCUACAACGGGUAUUUAUUAUAUGCAAUUUCUUUAUAGGAUUCGGCCUAUGGUGUUUCCUUCUUACACCUUUAACUAGUCCAGAUAUUUAUGACAAUAGAUUACAUUGGGAAACAUGAUUUUAUUUAUAUCAGUGGCCUUUGUACCAAUUCACCUAAUAUAAAAAAUAAAGAUAGAAUAAAUCCGAUAGGAAUGAUGACAGGAUAUUAAAAUCAUUCA